AUGAUGUCCCAGGUCCUCGUCGCGGGGCUGCUUCAGCUGGCGACUUUACCGGCUGUUUCGGCACAGGCAUGGGCAAAUCUCCCCGGCAGCCUUUACGGCCCUCCGGAACAACAAUGGGCGUACGUGAAUUGGCCGGUGACGGAUCUCGGUGAGCCACUCACGCCGCAAAAGCCAGACGAACAGCUCGUUGAAGCAAUCGCGGCCAUCAACGAGUCACGCGUGGAGGACAUCGUCACGACGCUGGCCAAUUUCGGCACGAGGCACACGCUCUCGAUUCAGAAUUCCUCAACCAGGGGCAUCGGAGCCGCGCGAGACUGGAUUUACAACCAAAUGCAGGAUGUCGCCGCCGAAUCUGAUGGAAACAUGGACGUCUUCUUCAACAGUUAUAUCCAGCCUGUCGCAACCCGAGUACCAUUUCCGGUUAACAUAACCAACGUCGUGGCGCGCAUAAAUGGCACAGUUGAUCCCAAUCGUGUCUACGUGGUUACUGGCCAUUACGACAGCCGUCGGCUCGACGUGUCAGACUACACGAACGACGCGCCCGGAGCAGACGACAACGCCAGUGGCGUCGCGGUGGUCAUGGAGAUGGCUCGGGUGUGCGCCAAGCUGAAGCCCGCAGCGACUUUGCUCUUUGCCGCGGUGGCGGGAGAAGAGCAGUCACUCUUCGGCAGUGCGCACCUUGCUCAGACGCUCAAGGCGCAGGGCUACAACGUUGAGGGCAACUGGAACAACGAUAUUGUCGGCACAGGCCAGUUUUCACCCUUCUCGCCCAUCAACAAUUACACGGUUCGGUUGUUCGGCGCAAGCAUCUUGUAUCCCAACGCAAGCACUGCCGCCUAUCAGCAGCGGAUUGGCAACAUCGGGUACGAGAACGACUCCCCAGCGCGCAACCUGGGCCGCUUCAUCGCCGAGAUUGCAGCCGGUGCCGCCGAAGAGGUCGACAUGCAGGUCGCUCUUAUAUACCGGGCUGACCGAUUCCUCCGAGGCGGAGACCACCAGUCGUUCCUGGCCCAAGGCUUCCCUGCAAUUCGCUUCACGGAAGCCGUGGAGGAUUUUACUCACCAACAUCAGGACGUGCGCAUGCAAGACGGCGUCCAGUAUGGCGACCUCGUCGAAUACGUGGACUUUGACUACACGGCUCGUGUCGCGCGGGUCAACCUCGCGAGCAUGUGGAGCGCGGCGAAUGCACCGGCCUUGCCAAAGAACGUGACUAUUUCGCAGAUUACUGGCUUUCCUGCGGCCAGCGAGGAGACGCCGCUCGAGGUGGUGAGCAACGAUAGCCAAUUCACGUGGGUGACGGGCAACGAUCCGUUGGUGGCGAGCUAUGAGCUCGUCUGGAGGCCUAGUGGUGCAUUACAGUGGACGCGCAGCCUCGACGUUGGGAAAGUGGGAAAUGUAACGGUGAAUUUGCCGAAGGAUGCUGUUCAAUUCGGUAUUCGGGCUGUAGGUACAGAUGGGAAAAAGAGUCCUGCGGUUCUGCCGUUCCCAGGGUAG